AGCAUUCACUUCUCUUUUCAUACGUUCGUGUCGUGCUGCUCGAUAUCCUCUGACCAUUGAAACUCAUUUCCUCCAUUAAUCGUACUGCACGCGAAGAUCUACUAUUAACCACACAAUGUCGGAAACGAAGAUGAAGGCGCUCCAUUACGAUGGUCCGUUCAAGGUCGCCGUUCGAGAGAUCGAUCUACCCAAGAUCCAGCAUCCGGACGAUGUGAUCAUCAAAGUUACGACGACUUGUAUCUGCGGUUCGGAUUUGCAUAUGUACGAAGGCCGUACUGCAGCCGAGCAAGGUCUAGUCUUUGGCCACGAGAAUAUGGGAGUAAUCACUGAAGUCGGCUCUGGCGUGACUUUGCUAAAGAAGGGCGAUCGUAUCGUGCUGCCCUUCAAUGUUGCAGAUGGUCGUUGCCGAAAUUGUGAGGAGGGCAAGACAGCCUUCUGCACUGGUGUCAAUCCUGGAUUUGCUGGUGGCGCUUAUGGAUAUGUUGCCAUGGGUCCAUACCAAGGUGGUCAAGCGCAGGCACAGAGCAUGAAGCAGAUUUCGCACUUCUUGCCGACUGGCUGGCAUGGUCUCGUCCUGGCUGGCUUCCAAAGUGGCGAGUCUGUAGCUGUCUUCGGAGCCGGUCCCGUGGGUCUCAUGGCCGCAUACUCGGGCGUCAUUCGUGGUGCCUCCCGUGUGUUCGUUGUCGACCAAGUCAAGGAGCGUCUUGAUCAAGCCGAGAAGAUUGGCUGCAUUCCCAUCAACUUCAGAGAUGGCGAUCCAGUAGAGCAAAUCAUCGAGAAAAAUGGCGGAAUGGUGGACAGAGCUGUGGAUGCUGUUGGUUACCAGGCGGUCGAUAAAGAUGGCAGCAAGGAACAGCCGAACAUUGUACUGGACCAACUGAUCAUGGUCACUAGGCCAACCGGCGGUCUCGGCAUUCCGGGACUUUAUGUGCCCAGCGAUCCUGGUGCUCCAGAUGAAAAGUCCGGAAAGGGCCAGAUCUUGCUAUCCUUCGGCAAGCUCUUCGAAAAGGGUCUGAAGCUCGGCACCGGACAAUGUAAUGUCAAGGCUUACAAUCGCUAUCUGCGUGAUCUGAUCAUCAGCGGACGUGCGAAGCCGUCGUUCGUUGUGUCUCACGAGCUGUCUUUGGAGGACGCCCCUAUGGCGUACGAGAAAUUUGACAAGCGCAUCGAGGGGUACUCGAAGGUGCUCUUGCAUCCAAAUGGGCCUCUUCAGUGAGCGUCGAGUGAUCGGUAGCAAGAUAAGCAUGCUUAAUGGCGACCGUUUCUUCUCAAGUCAGAGCUUUCAGCUCUUCUUGUUGACAUCCUCGCGGUGCCUU